AGGACCAGACAGACGUCCGUUUGCAGUUUAGUCGCCGGUCAUUCGGCUGAAAACACGGAACCAUUGAAGCUGAUUUCUAACGGACUGAACAGGACAUUUGAACUAGUUAGUUUUUUUUAAGCAACGUUAAAACUCCAUUUAAAGGCUGUACCGACACUUCUAUGGUACGCCGAUAGAUAGAUAGAUAGAUAGAUAGAUAGAUAGAUAGAUAGAUUUCGGAGGAAGAAGAAGAAGAGGAGGAGAAACCGGAGAGAGGAGGAGGAGAGAACCCGAAACAGGAGGAGGACGGACGGAGCGGAGGGGAAGGAGAAGAGGAGGCUGGAGAGAGAAAAAGAGAAAAAGGGAGGAUUUUUUGGGGGGAGUUUGGUGUGGUGUCUCCUCUCCUCUCCUCCUUCUUCCCGAUCGCUUUCUCUUCUCCAGCCCCUUCCCUUCCUUCCCUGCCUUCCUUCCUUCUUCCUCGUCUGGAGUAUUCAUGUCUGGUUUUAGGAGCCUUUAAAUGUUGAACUUGAUGGGUGUUUUAAACGCCACCGCCGCCAAUGUCUCCUGUACUUGUAACUGCAAGCGCUACACCUCCCUGCAGAGCAUGGAAAUCACCCAGCUGGAGUUCGUCCAGAUCCUGGUGAUCGUGGUGGUGAUGAUGGUGAUGGUGGUGGUCAUCACCUGCCUGCUCAACCACUACCGCCUGUCAGCACGCUCCCUCCUCUCCAGACACGCCCCCGCCCGCAGGAGACACCUGCCAUUGGCCAACGAGGGAAGCCUGUGGUCCUCAGAGGGAACGGGGACCAACAGUGGUCUCAAUGAGCACCAGGUGUAUAACCCCCGCCCCCCGGACCGCGGCGCGGCCUCGUCCUACCUGCAGCGGGAGCCCCAGCUGGCCCAGUCCCAGCCUGCUCUGCAGUCCCAGCGCUUCCAGCACACGUACGCCCCGAGCCGCUUCCAGCCCACCUACCCCUACCUGCCCCAGAGCCUCAUCGACCUGCCCCCCACCAUCUGCCUGUCGGACGGCGAGGAGCCCCCGCCCUACCAGGGACCCUGCACCCUGCAGCUCCGAGACCCGGAGCAACAGAUGGAGCUGAACCGCGAGUCGGUCCGAGCGCCUCCCAACAGAACUGUGUUCGACUCCCACCCCCUCAACCCCUCCAGCUCCUGCCUGCAGGCCAGUCUGCAGGCUCCGCCCCCGAGUGUCCAUUCAGGCGUCAGCGUGCUAGAAGCCCAGGAGGCCUUGUCCCGGCACCAGAAGCAGGGCUCUAGUAGAGUAGAAGGAGCUCCGCCCACCUACAGCGAGGUGAUCGGACACUACUACCACCCGACCACGCUGAGCCCCGGACACAGCCAUCGGACUGUACCGUCGUCACAAGCGCCGCCGUCCUCGUUCAUACACGGCCUGCUCCGACCUCCGCCUCAGCAGCAAGGCAGCGUGGACAACAGGAACGCAAGGAAUACCAAGGAGAAAUCCCAGAAGCCCCAGCAGGUGUGACAGUACUGCUUCCUGACUCCUAGCCUGCGAUGUGGUGGGGGGGGAGGGGGAGGAAGGAGGAGAAACCAGGAUUUUGUCUGCUCGCCACUUUGGAAGUGGUCAGCAGCCAAUGAGGAACAACCUGGUGAACGGUAAAAAACAUCCACUGAAUGGUUCUAAGGGCUGGUUCACGUUAGUUGUAGUUGUUCCCCCACCUGUCGGAGCGGGCUAGGACCUCCUUGUUAGGUAAGAACACCUGGAAACCACAUCACUCCUGCAGGAGCACAGUUGCAGGAGAAAAUCUGGUACUUCCUGUUCACACAGCUUCUUAUUUCCUGUCUGAGGAGCACUUCAGAUGAACCGAUGAUGAUGAUGAUGAUGUCAGAGAAGAAGGGCAGAAGGUGCAAAGGGAAAGAUGGAAACAAACCUUCUUCCCUGGAAUACUCCACCUUCUCCCUCCUCCAUUAGACUGAUCUAACUAGCCUCCAUUCAUUAUAAAUAUUUACUUGUUCUGUUCGUUUCUAUAGAACUUUUUGUUUGUUUGUUCGUCUGUUUUGCGCUUACAAAAAAAUCUUUCUAUCCAGGCAAAUGGCGAAAUGUUGCAAUCUUCUUGGUUCUUCCAGGUUUUGUUUUGUUUUCUGGUGAUAAUCCCCCUCGCUGCUUUGACUCCAUUUUUAGUUCUGUUUUUAAACGUUGGCAGUGACUCCUGCACCAGGCUUUAGCUGCAUCACUGGGACACGUUAGCACAUUGAGAUAUUUCCAGACAGAGUUUAGCUUAGUUAGCGUUAUCUUAAACUAGCCUACCAGUCGUAGCACAGUGCUAAAAGUCCUCAAGCUAAACUUUCUGCCUUAUAACGACCAACCGAUGCAGGAGUCGUCGCUAAAAAAUCCUUUUUUUUAAUUUUAUUUUAUGUUUUCUAAAGAAGGUUUGCACAAAGUUCAAGACUGUUCACCACAGCAAAAGAAAGAAAUCCGCAAUAUGAUUGAUGCGAGAAAACAGAGAAAGAAGGGGUAUUUUUCUAAACUUGAUAGAUUCUUAUGAGUAAAGAUGUUUGUUUUUUUUGUUUUUUGUUUUAUAUGUUGUCUAGUUUUAGAGAAAAAAAAGAAACAUCAUUAAUCCGUUGGGGUGCCAACUUUCACGUUGAACAUUUUGCUACAUACAUGUCGGCAUGUAUUACAUUUUGAGUAUAUAUACACACAUGUAUGCAAACCGAGAGCGAACUUAAAAGCACGAAUUUAGAGUUAUUUAUAUAAUUGCUGAAAAGAAUUGCACUAUUUUUUAGUAUGCGCAGAUGGAACGUUUGGGAGAGACUUUUAUUGUGAAGGAGCUCUGUCUAUUGAGGUGUUAAAAAAAACAGACCGGGAGACCUGAAACCACGAGGACUUACCAGAGGGCCGGUCCAGCUCCGUGCACAGCAGCCGCUAUCACGCCAACAUAUCAUUCGGGAGAUUCUGACUGUGGCUCAACAGACUCGGAUAUAACGUUACUGUACCAUUGAUAUAUAAAAAAAACAAAAUAAAUCCCUCAUUUAUGCAAAUGUCCGAGUCCUGCGAGCCACAACCACAAGUCAGCAUUCAACCUGUGGGCCCAAUCAGAAACACUGCUUGUAGCUCUCUCUCUCUUGAUCCCCAUUGGCCGAAUCGUUAGCCAAUCCCAAAGCUGGCUGUCACUACCUCGACCAAACAAGCCGAGCACAGUUUGCUGACGUUAAUCAGACGUCGACGCAUCCAACGAUUGUCUGAACUAAUCACGACAAUGUGUAUUGUAACAGUAGAGUAGAGUGAAGUAGGACGUAGUAGCUUUUAAUCCUGCUGUGUGUUAUUUUAUUUAAGAUUUUUUUUGUUCCUCGAGUGAAAAAGAGAGAGACACAACGCAGAGCCAGAGACACCCAACGUCCCCUUCGUAGUGCACUACUGAGGAAGGAAGCCAUGUCGCCCUACAGGCCCCUAAACUAGUGAUAUGCUGACCGUGCACGGCUGUGACUGCACACAUUAGACCGACAUCACUUCCUGUUAAAGUUGCAUAUCUCCUGCCUUCUCAACACACACACAAAUACACAAAAACACACACAGUGCCCUCUGGUGAGUCUCUCUUCUGCAGGCAUCUCUGAGCACUUUACUGCACCAGGAACGAGACAACAAUCUUCUGUCAGCCAGCAGCAGACGAUAAAAUGUAACCGUAGAGCCCUUUUUUUAUAUUCUAGGUUAGAUUCCAUGACCUUUUUUAAUGCCAGGCUUUUAAAAAGAUGCAAAGAGUUGUUCUCCAAAAACUGUAGCCGUCUUUCAACUGGAAACAAUCUGUCUGGGCUGCUUUUUCAAUGCCAUCACCCAGCCCCAGACAUCUUUUCUUCUUCUUCUUCUUUUUCUUCUUCUUCUUCUUCUUCUUUUUCUUCCCGCUGUGGAGGUUACAGAUUUGGAGCAGAACUCUUUGUGUGUUUGAACGCAGCACGGGACGAGUUGUCUCAAACUAGACACACCGAAGUGUUGAAAAGUGACACGAGUGUUAAUAGCAACUCGUCUUGUGUCGUCUCUUUAAAGGUUAAAGGUUAAAUUAGAACAUGCAGAUUUUAUCUUUUUGUAGCUUUUUUGUGUGAAAAGUGUUCAGUGGAACUCUUUUAGUUGAAUUUAUAUUGAUGUGAAGAUACUUUAGUGUCCAGUCUUUAUGCAACAGCGCCCUCCACAGGGACCGAACCCAACCGCAGUUUAACAAAAGGCCAAAAAAAGACAUUUUAUAAUGUGAUACGGUGAAUUCUCAAAUCCUCUUUGUUUCAGUACAGUCGAGUCAAAAAUCUGAGGAUCUGUUUGACUGAAAGAUAAGUCUUAUCACGUUAUAUUUUUAUUAAAAACACUUGCUGUUGGUUUGAAUUAUUAUAAUUAGUAUUUCCAGAAUCCUUAAAGAGUUUUCUAGCCACCCAUGGAAAAUAAAAUAUUUAGUCUGCUGUAUAAUAAAACAAUUUUUAACUUGUUUCCUAAAUUGCAACUCCUGUUUCUUAAUCCAAACGGAGUUGGUAACCACAAAUUAUGUUAAAAAUAUUUCUUAUUGUGCAGCAGAUGGACUAUUUUUUUAAUGUAGAUCUAUUUCAAUGUACAGUCAUGGAAAAAUUAUAAGACUGCCCUUGAUUUCUUCAAUUUCUUGUUGAUUUUAAUGCCUGGUGCAACUAAAGGUACAUUUGUUUGGACGAAUGUUGAAGGUGUUCCUCAGGGCUCAGUGUUAGGUCCUCUCUCAGCUGAUAUCUAGCCAUUUUCCAUGGUUUUCUUGAUAAUAACCAAAAUCAUUAUCAAGAAAACCAUGGAAAAUUGUAAAUGCUAAACUACCUUUAGUUGUACCAGGCAAUAAAAUGAACAAUAAAUUGAAGAAAUCAAGUGUAGUCUUAUAUUUUUUUUCCAUGUCUGCAUAUUAAGGAAUCUUUGAGAAUUCUGGAAAUAAAGUCUUGAAAACAGAAGUUGUUUUUUUAAGAAUAUAGUCAGUCAUUUACCUUUCAGUAAAACAGAUACUUAGCUCCAUGACUGACUCAUUUUCUAACAGUAUACAGUGUAAAUUGGAGUUUUGCCCUUUAAAAACAGACAUUAAACAAAAGGCUGUUUUUAGAUGAAUAUUUAGUUUCCAGUUAAACAUCUGCGGUACAAAAAAAAGACAAAUAAUCAAGUCAUUUCUUUGCGAUUCACCUCUCUCUGCCUUGUUUACAGUCUCUCUUUCUCCUUUGGUUCCAGUGCUGAUUGUAAUUAAAGACGA